UGAGUCUCAGCCCGUCAAUUUAUAUAUUCAGAAUUUGUGUCCUCUUUGGGGGGAGGAGCAACUGAGGUCUUUAUUUGCCCCAUAUGGAGAUAUAAUGUCUCUUAAAAUACUUUCGGAUGCGAAUGGGCAGUCCAAAUGUAGUGGAAUGGUCAGAUUUUCCUCCCGUCCUUGUGCAGAGAAUGCAAUAAAUGCUCUCAAUGGACGACCCAUGGCAGGACAGGAUGACAAGCCCUUGAUUGUGAAAUAUGCUCGACCCCCCGCUCCUCGUCCUGUGACGUUUAACCCGAUUAUGUACGGACAUCAUUAUCCCUCACAGAAUAUCAGUCAACCACCUCCCAUGCUUCAACCUCCUCCUGGUUCUUCGUCCUAUCCAUUCCGGGCUCCAUAUCCGCCGUCUAUGCAUGUCAUGCCCCCUCAAUAUCAGCAGCCAGUUCCUCCCUACCGAUUCAAUCAAAUUGGCGAGCCGAGUUCUGGUGCGCCAAGUCCUCCUGUUUAUUCUUCGGCUUGUGUUUAUGUUUCGAAUUUGGCCGCUGAUUCGACUAUUCUGCAACUUUUUGAGCUUUUUGCCCCCUUUGGAGCAAUCACGCACGUCAACGUGUUGCCAGCUAACAUGAAAAAUGGGCAUUCGAGUGCUAUCGGAUUUGUUAAUUUUGUGAAGAUGAAUGAAGCCUUUAAUGCUAUAAAUGCUCUCAACAGGUCAGCUAUUUGUGCUGCUCCGGGGAAGGGGCUCAGUGUGUCUUUCAAACUGCCAAUAACUCAUAAUCGUAGCUAA